AUGAAGUCAAGCGGGCGCGCUGCUGAUCCCAAGGCGGUUUGGGAAACCAAUUCCGAGACUGUUAUCAAAUCGACUGAGAUUGAACUCGGUUCCGAAAUCGCUCGAGGUGGCUACGGCACUGUGUUUAAGGGCAAAUGCAGGGGCCAAACUGUGGCGAUCAAGAAGUUGCACAAUCAGCAUCUCUCUGGUGACAAGCUUGAGGAACUCAAGAAGGAAGUACAAAUUCAAAGUCAAUUGAGGCAUCCGUGCAUCUUGCUGCUCAUGGGCGUCUGCACAGAGCCCGACAAAGUGGCGCUCGUCAUGGAAUACGUGGACGGCAAGAGCCUUGACCGCAUGUUGCACGAGGAAAAGGUCCCUCUCACGCUCCACCAAAAGUUCCAGCUCGCCAAGGACAUUGCCAAGGGUUGCUAUUGGCUGCAUUGCCUGGACCCGCCGAUCAUUCACCGCGACAUCAAGCCCGCCAACGUGCUGGUUGACACCAACUUCAGGGUCCAAAUCUGCGACUUUGGCCUCAGCUGCGUGAAGGAGCCUCCGGGUCCCAAGAAGUCCCGCGUUGUUGGCAGCCCCUUCUGGAUGGCGCCGGAAGUGCUUGCGGGUCACCCCAACACCGAGAAGUCGGAUGUUUUCUCCUUUGCCGUCCUGCUGUGGGAGAUCUUCACCGGUCACUCCCCAAGCGAGGGGGUCGUCGACCUGCGUGGCUACAUGUUCGAUGUCGUGAAUAACAACAGGCGACCUCCCAUUCCCGACGAGCUCGCCAAUGGCAUCAAGGAGCUCAUCAGGUCGGGCUGGAGCCGUUACCCCGAUCAGAGGCCCACUUUUGCCGAGAUCUUGGCGAAGCUCGACGACAUUUUUGUCGAGAUGGUCUUGCAGGAGGAGGUCGCCCAGAAGCUGUGGCAGUCACUCAAGGACAAGAUGGGUCAUCACUACCCCUUCUUUGUGCCGUGGUCCGAGUUCAUCGUCAGUCUGUGCAAGACCCUCAAUGUGCCGGUGAAGCUGGAAGACCCUGGCUUCAAAUCUAUGAAAGCCCUCUUGACCGAGGAGUACAAGGACAUGACCAGCAGCAAGUACCCCGACAUCGUGAGAUGCGAGACGUUCGGUGAUUUCCUCGGCCGCUUUGGCCCCCUUGUUGCCGAUGCUCCGUUGCCGGACCUCAUCUCUCGGCUUCGGACAAUCUGCGAGUGUGACUGGUUCCACGGUGACAUCGAAGUCAAUGCCGCCAAGUCACGAAUUCAGGGCAAGGCCCCGGGUUCUUUCAUUGUCCGACUGGGUUCCGCUCCGCAGAGCUUCACCAUCAGUCGUGUGGUCGACGACAAGAAGAAUCCCAUCAUCCACCAGCGUAUCCUCAGGAAGGGCGGUCUCUUUGUCGUCAUCAACAACGAAACGCAGGAGAUCAAGUCUUUCCUCGGCUUGAAGGAGCUCGUGGAUGGCGUGAAGCAGGACCUCAACCUUCACUACCCGGUGAACCAGGACAGAGUGUUCGCGCCCUUCUUCAGACCAACGGCGCCCGACAACUCGGAGUACCUGGACACGUCGCUGCUCGACAGCAUGGCCACGACCUCGCUCUCGGCGAUCCCCGUCCAGACGAAGGAGAAGGAGGACAGCGGCGACAAGGCGGCCAAGGACGCCCCGAAGAAAAAGAAGAAGAAGGAGAAGACCGGCGAGAAGGCGGGCUCCAAGGAGAAGAAGAAGAAGAAGGAGAAGUCCGGCGACAAGGAGGAGAAGAAGAAAAAGAAGAGCAGCAAGAAGGGAGACGACGCCAAGCCCAAGAAGGAGAAGAAGGAGAAGGUAUAA